AUGAUUUCAAAAGAAAACAAUGAAGAAUUGAUUGAAAAUCCUACAAAAGAUGAAGUGAAGCAGGCAGUUUUUGGUUUAAAUAGUGAAAGUGCAGGUGGACGUGAUGGCUUCACUGGCCUGGUUUUUCAAAAAUGUAAUCCUUUGUCACCUACUUUGUUCAUAUUGGCUGCUGAGGCGUUAUCAAGGGGAUUGAAUGCACUAAAUGAGAACCUGUGGUUUACUGGCUUUGUCUUGCUCAAAUGGAGUCCAAAAAUCAACCACUUGUCAUAUGCAGAUGACACCAUCAUCUUCUCAUCCUCUUGUGAGAUAUCCUUGGGACUGAUUAUGAAUGUUUUGAAGAAUUAUGAACAAGCUUCUGGGCAGCUGAUUAACAAGUCCAAAAGCUCUAUAUACUUGCAUGACAGGGUGGAUAAUGAGGUGUUCCAAAAGGUGGAGAGGAUCACUGGUAUUGCAAGGAAGAACUUUCCUUUAAUGUACUUAGGUUGUCCCAUUUUUUAUGCCAGACCACAAAUGUCAUUUUACUCAGAGUUGAUUUCCAAGGUUAGAAACAGGCUUCAAGGAUGGAAAGGAAAAUUAUUAUCAUUUGGUGGAAGAGCCAUUUUACUGAAGCAUGUUCUACAAGCAAUGCCAAUGCACUUACUUUCAGCAAUUGAUCCACCUUCUUUUGUUAUUGAAAAGCUUCACAAGAUAUUUGCUCAAUUAUUUUGGAGCAAUACAAUUAGUGAGCGGGGUACACAUUGGACAAAGUGGUAUACAGUAUGCUUGCCUCAAGAUGAAGGUGGACUAGGUUUCAGAUCCCUUAGUGACAUGUCAAUGGCAUUAUGUGCUAAGUUGUGGUGGAACUUAAGAACUAAACCUUUUUUGUGGAGUCCUAGAAUGGGUUCAGCACUACUUUGGGUUGAUAACUGGCCAGGUUUAGGCCCUUUAUACUUUCUAACUCCAUCAGAUUUUUAUUGCAAUGAGGAGAUUAAUAAUGUAUUUGAUGUAGUGACUCAAGGAAGAUGGCAUGUCCCAGCCAUAAGGAACAAUCUUCCUGAGGAACUAGCUGAGUAUAUUCUCAAUGAAGUUCAGCCUCCUGCUAAGCCUGAUGAACUUGACAAACCUUAG